CAAGCAGUCAAUUUGAUUAACAACCUCUAUAUAUUCUAGUUUAUAUAUUAAAUCUGUCAAAAAAAACAAAGAAUUUAAAUAUGAGUAACCAAUAAAAACUUUUGAAAAAGAUAAGGUAGAAAAAUAAAUCGUUUUUUCAAAAAGAAAAAGUGUCUUUUUAUAGGUGCUGCCUGAUUGCUUCAUUCUCCCUCCUUGGCUCAAAAGUUUUUGCUUUUUCAAAAAAGAAAGAAGAAACAUCUCGUUUCCAUGGCUUUGCGAGGAGAUGAGCCUGAGUUUAUGAACCUAAGAGAAUGGGAUCGAAGAGCUCGAUUAAUCCGCGAAAACCCGACUUCAAGAAGAUUCUCUGCUUCAUACAUUGGAAGCUUCCGAGAAGAUCAUCACAAGUCUUCUUUUAGAACAAACUUCAACAACAUCUCUAGUACUGCCUCUUCUCCUGGCUACACUCUCAAAGAAGAGAUUGACCCAUCAACAUAUUCCUUCACCUAUGCACUUAAAGCAUUACAAGCAAAGACAAUGUACAAUAACAGAGAAUGGUUAGCGCAAGAAGGGUUUGCAUUGAAUUCGAAGUGGAACGAAGCAGAGAAAUAUAUCUGCAAUCCAUUGUCUGGAGAAGUUCCAAUGGAGUGUUUGUCUGCUAAAACAUUAAGUGCAAGAUCCUUCAGAAACUUAUCCACCAUGUCUGCUCCUCUUCAACACUUCCCAAAUCCCAAUCCAUUGAUGAAUAAUAUUGGUCAAAACAAACCAAAUAAUAAUCCUAACGUUAGAGUUAUUCACGAGGAUCUUUAUGCUCCUGAUCCUGUACUUCUUGCUCGAGCAGAAAAGAAAGUUGUGGGGGUGAAGCGAGAUGUGGGCAUACAGAGUACGACGUCGGUGGAUCUUAGCUCCGGUAGCCCUAGUCCGGCAAAGACGCCUUCGAUUAUGGAAAGGCCGUUGAAACGACACGUGGAAGCUGAUGAUCCGCCACUGGACUUCAAUCUCAAACUGAAAGGUCAACAAGAGGAUGUGAAGUUGGGAGAGAAAGAAAAAGAAGAAGAGAAGCAAGAUAUGAGCAACGAGGAAGACGAAGGAGAAGAAGAAGUAGAAGAAGAAGAGAAACAAGAUAUUAGUAAAGAAGAUGAAGAAGGAGAACAACAAGAAGAGAAGACCAAGAAGAAGAAGAGAGGAACUGGAUGUUUCUCGUGGGUGAGAACAAGACAAAGACAAGCAAGAAAAUCAAAGUACAUCUUCCCUAUUUGUGUUCCUCAUCUUGUCAAAGGUUGUUGAAAAACCUUUCAACCAAGAGAAUCAAUAAAGGUUUAAACCAACUUGUCAAAGGUUCCUCUUCUUUGCUUCUCUUUUUCAAUCUAUUUAUAUAUAAUCAAAAACAAAAUCAUGAUGAUAUUAUAUAUUAGUUCUUCCUCUUUUUGAUAUA